CUGUCUAACAUUCCCGAAUCCAAAAGUAAUUGCAGGGACCAGGAACUUCAUGUCCGACAUAUACAGUAUACAGAAUGGCCAGAUCACUCUGCACCACUCAAAACUGCUGGUGCUCUUGAAAUUCACCGAGAAAUUUUCAACAAUCCACGUCAAUAUCCAUUAAUUAUCCAUUGCUCAGCUGGUGUUGGUCGUACAUGUACCAUUGUCGGUGCAGAACUGAUGUUAGAGAGAAUAUCGGCACGCCAGUUUCAUACGGCUACUGACAUAGUCAGAAUAAUGCGACGUGCACGAGCAGGGGCUGUUCAAAAGGCUGUACAAUUCCUCUUCAUGCACUAUAUUGUCCUUGAAGUAUUCUGUCAGGAAGGCGUGGUCAGCAAUGAGAAUCCUCUAAUGGCAUCAUUUCGUGAAAAUUAUGAAUUGGUCAUCGCUAAAGCUGAACAGAUAAGAAUGGCUAGAAAAGCAAAAGACCUUCUGAAGGUCGCUCAAAACAAGCGCCGAGUCAAAGUCGGAGAAAUGGAAAACUGUCCCACCUAG